AUGAUAGUAACGCAGUACGAGGGCGUAGGCGCAAAUUACAACGACACCGCCCUUAUCCACCAGUAUCCUCCAACAGCUGCCAUCCUGGCUAAAUUUGGCAUGUGCAAGGUUGUGACGUCCUCGAUCUCGCCUGCGGCUCAGGCUCAUACUCCCGCAAACUCGUCGAGCUCGGAGCAAAGAGAGUCAUCGGCGUCGACAUCUUCGAGGCGAUGGUGGAUGCCGCGCAUCUUCACGCUCUGGACGAGAUUCGACCUAGCCGUGGCCAUAUGGAUCCUCAACUACGCCUCCCACGAGGAAGAAUUGCUGACAAUGUGGCGCAAUAUCCUCGAUAGUCUCAAGCCUGGGGGGCGCUGCGUCGGUAUCCUCCCUGAAGCCAAUCAGGCGGCGGGAAGUAAUCGGUAUCCGAAUGGAGAGAAGUGA